UGGGCGGAAAAUGGCGGACGUAGAUUUCGGGGACAGUGAACUCUUUGAGCAGCUCGAUGACUCCGCACCGGCGGGACCGACACACAUUCGCUUCACAGAUGACGGGGACGAGCCGGAGGACACGAGCCAGCUCCGGGGGAAACUGGAGGAGAGUGAGGACUCCAUCCAGAGACUCACCGAGGAGAAUACAGUUUUGAGGAGGAAGCUGAAUGUCCUCUCACGGCCGAGCGGCAUCACGAUCGAAGAUGUCAACACCGACGGACCCCUUCUUCAAAUCCUUUAUGCGAACAACGGUAUUUCAAAGCUGUGUCGCCAAGAGAUUGAAGAUUGCGUAUGUAAUGUAAUACUGAAGCACCAGAGACCAGGAAAUGAAAAGAAACAAUCCCCUAUUUUUGUCGAACCACAGAGCUCAGCUAUUGCUAUGGAUGAAGAUCCAUCCUCCAGCAAUGUUAAAACAACAACGGAAGCCUUUAAAGUGGUCGGAAGUGUGUUGUAUUUCUCUUCUUUCAGCGUUGAUAAACUUGGGCAGCCUCUGGUCAAUGACAGCCCCCAGAUGACAGAUGGCUGGGACAUUCCUACCUAUCACCAGGUUUUCAACCAAGUUGUCGGAACAGAUGGACAGGAAAUCGAAAUGAAAGACAAAAGAAACAAGUCCCAGUGUUUCAACUGUGGUGGCAGCGGUCAUCAGCUGAGAGAUUGUCCCAAGCCUAAAGACAUGGCGGCAAUCAAUGAGAGAAGAAAAGAGUUCAAUCAAAACAGCAACCAGUCCAUGACGAGUAACCAGCGCUACCACGCUGAUGAAGUGGAGGAGCGCUUUGCGAAAUACAAGCCUGGUGUCAUGAGCGAGGAGCUGUUGGCAGCACUGGGAAUUGAUGGCAACACCCUUCCUCCUCUGAUUUAUCGCAUGAGGCAGCUCGGCUACCCUCCAGGUUGGCUCAAAGAGGCAGAGAUGGAAAACUCUGGCUUAGCGCUUUACGAUGCUUCAAAUAAUGGCAAUACAUCGGAGAGUAGUAAGCCAGAAAACAACUCUUAUGAUGUUUCCAAACUGAAAGAUUUCCCCGGCUUCAAUGUCCCUGCACCAGACAAAAUGAAAGAUGAAUUCAUGCAGUACGGUUCAAUUCCAGUGCAGAGCCACCAUAUGAAGCAAAACUAUGCAGCGUACCUGUCCAACAACUUUCCUAUGCCUGGUGCCACCUGCAACAAGAGGCGCCAUGAAUCGGAUUCAUCUCCACAGCAGAGGAAGAGGAACCGGCCCAGUCCUGAUCAGAACUCCAGCAGAAGCUCAGAUAUGGAUAUUGAAUCAGAUCCAGGAACACCAUAUAACAGUCGCAGAGGUGACUUCCAGUUCCAACCACCGCUGCCCCCUGGAUCUCCUUGCUUCAGUUCACCACCUCCUUUACCCAUGGGAACUCCUCCAGCUACACCCACUCCCCCUCCUCUCCCGAAAGGUACGCCUCCUCCUACUCCCAACAACGGUUCUCCAGCUCUGCGAGGGCAGAAUUGGGUCGUAGUUGAUGAUACUGUGGAGGGGACAGAUGAUGAGCUGACACUGGAGGAACUGGAGGAGCAACAGAGGCUGAUUUGGGCAGCUCUAGAAAAUGCUGACACUGCCACAAAUAGUGACUGUGACACACCUACUAUGGGAACACCUAUUCCCAGUUCACCGAGCGUGUCCACGCCUGUUCAUGUAGAAACAGAAGAGGCUGAAGAAGCAAUGGACACAGGGAGACCUGUAGAAACUGGGCAAAGUAGUACAAAUGAAAGGGAACCAGAAAAUCAAGAACUUUGCCCUCAGACCCCUCAUCCAGUCAAAGCUGAGGAAGACAGCCCUCAGAGCCCUCGUCCAGUCAAAUCCCAGGACGACAGCCCUCAUAGUCCUGGUCCAGUCAAAUCCCAGGACGACAGCCCCCAGAGCCCUGGUCCUGUCAAAUCUCAAGACGACAAUCCUCAGAGCCCCGAACCACUCAAAGUCCAAGACGACAGCCCUCAGAGUCCUGGUCCUGUAAAGUCCCAGGAUAACAACCUGCAGAGCCCCGAUCCAGAUCUCUCUAACAGGGGUGCUGACGAUGACUCUUCUCUUAAGCAAACUGAGAAGAUAAUAGCUGUUCCUCACCGCAGCAAGUUUGCCGCUGGCAUCAUUCUAUUUGAAGAUACACCAGAAUUCACGGAAGUUGCUGAAGCCACAGGGACCUACCUUAAAAUCAGGGACUUGCUUAAAGGUUCCCCUCGAAGUUUGGCAAAGAAAAAAUAAAAAUGCACUGUCUUGAUUUGUACACAUGGAUUAAUGACUAUAUUUUAACCCAAAAGCCUAUCAAGCAUGUCUUUUUUUAGCAGUUUAUUGUUUUGUACCAAGUUAAGUUAAAAUUCAUCCAAAAAACAUACAUUGCCCCUGCCACAUUGUAAACAUACAAUGUGGCAGGGGCAGUGGCAGAUGAUGCAACAGCAGAUGUUUGUAGAUUUUGACUUACUAGUCUCUGAUUUUUUUAAAGUAGUGGUGUAACUGCUGCUGUUGAGUUUAUUGUAAAAUUUGUAAAAAUGGAAAUAUGAUCUGUAUUAAUUUUCAUAUGUUGUUUAAAAGGCUUUUUCUAUUUUCGUCCUAGUUGAAUUUCUUUAAAAUCUUCAAGGAAACCUGCUUGCGUCAGUGCUUUUUUAUUUUGCUGUAUUUGUGUGUCAGUGAACAAGUUGACCGUGUCGCUAUUA